AUGGACAUUGAUUAUACUAUUAGGAAGGACAAACCAUCAGCUAUUACCGCAACCAGCACUCCAGAUGCAGUUGAUUUUUAUGAAAAAUGGAAGAUGUCUAAUUGUCUUUCGGUGACUUUCAUAAAGAUUAUUAUUUUUGCUGGUAUUCGGGGUUCUAUCUAUCAACAUGAUAAAGUCAAGGAUUUAUUGAAGGCAAUUAAUGGGCAAUUUACUACUUCUGAUAAAUCUCUUGCCAAUACACUUAUAAUGCAAUUUUCAUCCAUAAAGCUCACUAGGAUUAGAGAAGUGCAUGAUCACAUCAUAUGCAUAAGGGAUAUAGUGGCUCAGUUGAAAGCCUUAGAGGUUACCAUAUUUGAUUCCUUCUUGGUACACUAUAUUUUGUGUACCUUGCCUCAUCAAUAUGCCCCAUUUAAGAUCUCUUAUAACACAGAUACGAAUAAGUGGUCUAUUAAUGAAUUGUUGACCAUGUGUGCUCAAGAAGAGGAAAGGUUACUCAUAGAAGAAGGGGAGAGUGUGAACUUAACUACCUCUACUAGGAGUAAAACGAAUCAAGUUAAUCACAAAGGAAAGAUUUCGAUUCAGUCGGACAUAAAGAAGGAGCCAAAAUGUUUCUUUUGUAAAAAGAAAGGACACAUAAAGAAAGACUGCUUGAAAUUCAAGACAUGA